UACCUGUUUCUUAAAUAAAACGCUACUGCCACUUGAAAGUUGAAAGGAAAAAAGGGGAAAAAAAAUAAACCCACUGAUGGCCUAAAACGUCGCCGCUUCGUAUGGGGAGAUUGAAUACCCGGUGCAGUCGGUUGUUCUUAUUCUACCGACAAUGCUGGAUCAAAGAAAGAAAACACCAAGCACUGUUAACAGAUACAGUUUAAAAAUAAGAAGAAAAAGUGAAAAACAGACAGAAUAAACAAUUACUACUGUCAUUUAGUUAAAAACUGUUUUCAUUUUUCAUUUUUGGGUUUGGAAACUGAAGCUUUCUUCUCCACCAACAGAGAAAAAGUCGAAAAAAGCCGACUGUCAUACAGAGUUUUAUCAAAAAAAGAAAGAAAAAGAACAUUACAGAAUACAGAGAUAAAAAAAAAAACCAAAACCCCCAAAAAAUCCAUCCUUAGCCACACAUAAAUGUUUUUAUGAGACUUUCAAUCUUUCAACAUCUUGUUUCCAUGGCCUACAAGACCCAAAUCACCACAACUCAUUUCUUCCUUCUAUUGAUCAUCAAUUCAGCAUCUUCUCAACAAAUCCUGAAUACUGAAUCAACAUCAAACCAAGCAACAACAGCAGAAUGCAACAACCGCUGGAUCCACAUCAGGAACCUCCCAUCUAGAUUCAAUCUUGAUCUACUUACUAACUGUUCUGAAUACCCACUUUUUGAUGACUUUUGUCCUUACUUAGCAAACCAUGGGUUAGGACAAAAAACCCAUAUCAAAUCUCGCAGUUGGUACCGAACUGAUCCUUUGUUACUUGAACUAAUUUUCCAUAGAAGAAUCCUGGAAUACCCUUGUCUUACAAAUGACCCUAAUGUUGCAAAUGCUGUCUUUCUUCCUUACUAUGCUGCCAUUGAUUCUUUAAGGUAUUUGUAUGGUCCUGAUGUCAAUUCCAGCUUCCAACAUGGGAUGGAAUUGUUUGAGUUUUUGCAAUAUGAUGAACCUGGAAUAUGGGAACGGCAUGUGGGUCAUGAUCAUUUUUUGGUUAUGGCUAGACCUGCUUGGGAUUUCUCUCAGCCAUUGGAUAAUGAUCCUCCUAUAUGGGGCACUUCAUUUCUUGAAUUGCCUGAGUUUUACAACGUCACUGCUUUGGUUCCUGAGGGAAGAGCUUGGCCUUGGCAGGAGCAUGCUGUGCCUUAUCCUACGUCGUUUCAUCCUUCGAAUUUGGCAUGCUUAGAGGCUUGGAUUCAACGGGUGAAGACGUCCAGGAGGACUGCUUUAAUGUUGUUUGCUGGUGGCGGAGGAAUUAGUGCCACCCCGAAUAUCAGAAGGAGUAUAAGGACCGAGUGUGAGAACAGUAGCAUCAACAGCAACAGCAGCAGCUUCGACGUUCUUAAAAGUAAUGGAAUAUACUCAAAGACAUGUCAUACAGUGGAUUGCUCGAAUGGGAUAUGUGAGCAUGAUCCUAUACGGUACAUGAGGCCUAUGCUACAAGCAACCUUUUGUUUGCAGCCUCCAGGGGAUACUCCAUCUAGAAGGUCAACUUUUGAUGCAAUCACUGCAGGUUGUAUACCAGUUUUCUUUGAAGAAUUGUCAGCAAAAAUGCAGUACGGUUGGCAUUUGCCGGAGGAGAAGUAUGCAGAGUUCUCAGUGUUUAUACCAAAGGAGGAGGUGGUUUUUAAAGGUUUAAAGAUUUUGGAUGUGUUAAUGGGGAUACCAAGAAGAGAGGUUACGAGAAUGAGGCAAUCUGUUUUGGAGUUGAUCCCUAGAGUUACGUAUAGAAGGCAUGGUAGUUCACUGGGAUUGAGGACCACGAAGGAUGCAUUUGAUAUGGCAAUAGAUGGAACCCUACAAAGGAUCAAAGAUAAGAUUGCUAACCUGAUAGAAGGAUGACCCAAAUUCAAUUUUAUUUCUU